AUGAUGAUACCGUCGCGAGGCUUCACUGACGAAUUCUACAAAGCUUUGGACCUUGUUUACCCUUACGAGACAAGCCCUCCUAAUCCGUACUUUCAUGCAUUCCCGGUGAGUAAAAAUUCGCCGGGAGAUGACGCUGCGUUAGUCUCUGGGCUACGAAACAAUGCCGCAGAUCGGGAUUCAUGGUCGGUGGAGGGAUAUCAACAUGAACUGGAUCGUCUCGAGGGGAUCAAGCGUGAGGCUAACGAAGAGACCGAGCGUCUAAAACGACUUAUUGGUGCUGCAGAUAAACUUAUAUCCGAAGAGAAAGAUCGACUCGAGGAUAAGCGCGCAGCCAGCACGCUGGAUAUUCGAACGCAUCAACCGCGGAAAAUCCGCAACAAGUUGAAGUGUAUGGGCUGGCGCCAGACCGGACAAUGCAAUCCUUUCGGCAAACGCGAGCCGAACUCGGAUCAUGCCUGUAACCAAAUUGCGCAGGGUGGUGUUUCCGGCUACUGUGAGGUAUUGGACGAGGAUACUGGUGAACUUUUCCGUGUCAUGCAGCUCAAUUGCUCUAGCAUUCGGGACCACGUGGUGUUUUCAUGUGCAGAGGCUGCUGAUUUCGCGAACUUUGGGUUAAUGGCUCAGGGCGUAUAUGAAAAUGCUCUAGCGCAGAACACGUCGGACCCAUCGAAACUACUGGGUAACAAUGGCAAUGGCAACGGCAUUGUCAUGGUUGUGUAUCCGAAGUUACUUUCGAGUGUCUUCGCAUCGAUUAGCGUUCUGCGGUCGUACAACUGCACGCUACCCAUCGAGCUGUGGAUAUCUCAACCUGAAGUGGUGCGCACGCCAAGCAUGAGGCCAACAUUGGAAAUGUUGCAACAGCGGUUUUCUAAUGUUACUGUGGAAACCAUUAUUGAUCCGACGAUCGCCGGCUUUUCUACCAAGAUCCACGCUGUUCAACACAGCAAGUUUGAGAACGUGUUGUUCCUCGAUGCUGACAACGUUCCUGUACGAGAUCCAACGUUCCUGUUCGAAACUCGGGAAUUCCGUGAGCACGGUGCUAUUUUCUGGCCGGAUUUCUGGCAUCCAGAGAAGACCAUUUUCAACAUUCAGCGCGAGUCGCUAUUGUGGGAACUCGUCGAUCUCCCUUUCGUGGACAUCGUUGGAGGUGCUGAUGUUCUUCGCGUACCAUCGCCCCAGUCACUUUGA